AUGAAGCGGAUUCUCCGCACUGCCUUGUUGAUCGUUGCCAUUGUGGCAUUGAUGGGGAACACCGUCCUCCAAGGCAUAGAUCUACCCAAAGAUGAGAGAGUGCUGGAGAGGGUCCUGGACGACAGCCACCUUACUACCGGCACUACUACAAGGGUGGGAAUGAAAACAACCAGCACUACUACUACUAGUAGUAGUAGUAACAAGAGAAGAAAACUCAAGUAUGAUCCCUACAAUGAAGACAGCUAUCAACCCAACCAAAUUCCACCAGGGGCCAAGGAAAAUGAUCACUACAAACAACAGUCGUCAUCCACACCGUAUCCAUCCCAAGCUCCAUCCGAGAUACCGUCCAUGGCACCUUCACCCUACAUUUAUCAAAGACCACCACCAUCAUCCAACCCUACAGUAGUUGACAAUGGAUACCACCGACCCCCAUCACCUGCACCCACCGUACACUAUGGGUAUCAUCGUCCGCCAACUACUACAACCCCUGCUCCGGUCCCUGACCAUUGUCCCGCCUAUCCCGACUUGGUCUUUUUGAUGAUUCCCAAAAACAUGAUGCUCAAACUACAAGAAAUCAUGAAGCUGGCCAAGCUGGUGAGUCGAGAAGAAUCCGGUCCCAUAGGAGAUCUGAUUGAAGAACAACGAUUGGUAUACGACUUUUUCGAUGGAUGGACGGAUCCCGAUGAUCAAGCCGUUGUGGCCAAAACCAAGGAUCGACCCAUUUGUUAUGCCGUCUUUGAAGCCACGCAAGAGGGGAAUCUAGGUGAUCAGCUACAAAAUCUCAACCCAUUGUCCAAGGAAGUGGAAGGGUCGGAUUGCACCGUUCGGGCUGGAUACUAUGAUGCCUACAAGGCAGAAUACUACGACGACUUUCGACAAAGUGUUGAAGACUGCAUCCGUACAUGCUACGAUGAAUUCCAACGACCGUGCCCUCUGGUCGUCGGGGGUGACAGUCAGGGUGGAGCUGCCGCUGUUGUGGCAUCGAUUGACUUGGCGCACCACAAUCCGCAAGUCAUCACCACCGGUGCUCCUCGCACCAUUGUCAAUACGUCUCCCUGCAAGACCAUUGAUGAAACACGACACUCGCGAUUCCUCAACACGGGACGGCAUGAAUAUGAUUACGUGCCAUUCCAACCAGAUAUUCUCAAUACGCGACAUGUGGGGCACACAUUCUUCUUGGACGACGGUGUCAACUGGCCCGUGGCGACACCCGGAUUCAACAAUAAUGAGCCGAGAUUGUUCCUUUCGCGAGACUUACACGAACGACCCGUCUACGAGGAACGCAUCCAAGCCAUGAUAGAUCGUGAUUGUUUUCCGAUUCCUGUAGGAAAGUGGCCCGGAGGACAUUACUGUACCCAGGACGACGAAUGCGAGAGUGGUGAUUGUUCCAAUGGAGCAUGUACGAACGUUUGA